CACAGAAUUGCCUGUGUCGCAAAUAGAAGGCUGGAGACCCAGGAUUCCCUUCAGGUCUCCAGGGCAGCAGCCCAGGUGACCAAUCAAGUCCUGGGCCUAGGGUCAUUGUUGGAGGCGCAAAUGUUGCUAUGACUACUGAAACCUCUGUGACUAAACUAAACAGAAAGGAGAGCCUGCUCAGUCUCCCAAGACCAUGUCAAGCAAGUCUGCAGACAUGUCUGUGGAAAAGAUGGUACAAGUAGAAGAGAGUUUACAAAGGGUCCUGGGACUUAAGAAGAUGGUUGACAGGUGGCAAAAUUCACACACUUAUUGCCUGUGGCAGAUGACAUUAAGACAGAGGAGGAACCCAUAUGCUAUCCUAAGGAUGCAGGACACUAUGGUACAGGAGUUGGCACUGGCCAACAAGCAGCUACUCAUGGUCCGUCAAGCCGCCCUGCACCAGCUGUUUGAAAAGGAACAUCGGCAGUACCAGCAAGAACUUAAUCAGAUGGGCAAAGCUUUUUAUGUGGAGCGACUCUGAUGGCAUUUGAAACAUCGUCUUUCCAUUCUCACCAUACCUGCUAACCUAGCCUUCUUGAGCCCCUACCACCUUGAACUUCCUUCCCCAAACUCACCCAGAUCUAGUUAUCUGCUCAGAAUUUAAGACUGCUCCCACUCUCACCUCUUUCAUAUCCAUGUCAAACCCCUGGUGCUAUUUGGGAAACGAUCUAUGACACAAUGGUUAAAAACAAGAGUGACGCCUUGUGGUCAGAAUGAGAUAUGCAGUGUUGAUGUAAGCACGGGGAGAGGAGGCAGAUAGAUGGACAAUGUGAGCAGAGAAUCCUGAUUUCAUUUAAGAAAUAAAGCUAGUUCUUAAAGAUUCAAACUUA